AUGUCCCGGGCGACUGGAGCCUCCAGGAUCCCAGAACCGUUGUCGAGGCCACCGCACGGUCUGUCGCCGCACCGUGUCGGGGCUGCAAAGGUACGCGAACCUUGCUGGAGCCGCGUAUUGCGACGGUGCGCUGCUCGCAUCCUGGGCCUGUGGGCCGAAGUGCGUCCCGGGCAUCGCGCGCCACGCGUCCGUCUGCAGGGGGCGCGCCACCAGCGGGUUCGUCGGGCGCGGGGCAACGGCAAGUGCGCCGUAUCCUUCGAGGGAACGAGCAACGCGCAGGCUGCUGGGACGGACCUCGAUUAUGCCCCCCAGGCUGCUUACCACGGCACCCUGGUCCACCCGGGCUUCUUGGGAGAGUGGGGAAGUCUGAAGCCUUGCAUCGAAGCGGCCCUUGACAGCUAUGGUUGUGGCCAGGAAAGGAACCCGAUCGGCAUCACAGGCCACUCGCUGGGCGGGGCUCUGGCAGCCCUGGCAGCCUUCGACUUCGGUGUUGCGGGGUCCUUCAGCGUCUCGGAGGUCUACACGUUCGGCAUGCCACGGGUGGGCAACGCAGAUUUUGCAGACAGGUUCGAGCGCCUCUACCAGGACCGAUUUUUCCGUGUGGUGAACGCUCUCGACCCAUUUGUCAGCAUGCCGCCCAGGUGGGUGCUGUACUACUGGCCGCCGUUCCAUUAUUCUUACGAGCACCUUUACCCUGAGGUCUUUUACCCUGGUAGCGUGGACACGCCGGGCUGCACGAUCUGCUCGUCCCGCGAGAGUAAGGAGUGUCCCGCGGCUGGUCCGUGGUUGGAAAUAGGGGUCGAGGGCACGAGCUGGCACCAUCAAUACCUGGGCGUCGACAUGGGCCAGGUGGGCUGUGAAUCGCGCGUCGAGCUGAGCUGUACCGACGACAUCCCCGACAGCUGGUGCGGCCACGAAUGGGGAGCCUGGAUCCCCUGCAACAAGGACCAGAGGGGCCCGAACUCCAGCUGCAACCAGGAGACGAGCAAGUGCCGGUGCACCGAAGGCUCCUGCCCCGUGCGUGGCAGGUGCCGGCUGCCCGGCGAGGCCGCCGAGGCGCCGCCCGCCCCGCCGGCCGCGCUGCCGUGCGAGGCCGCGGGCGGCUCAACGGCGCGG